CGGCUAACAGCUGGCAGAACCGUGAGGAUGUGGUCGGACCGACACACGGGGCGACACUCGCGCUGCUGACCUCUGUCUGUCCCGGUUGUGUUAAUUAGCCCGGACCGACCCGGGUCGGGUGCCGCCUGCGCCGGGCUUUAUGUCCUCGCUGCUGCGGGGGAGGACGGGCUGGCUGGCCGCUUAGCUCCGUUAGCAUGUUCGGACUAAACGGCCAGUGUUAUUAGCCUCGUUAGCUCCGGCUCUUAGCCGGGUUUAUGAGUGUAUCAGCGGGUUAGCCUGAGUGCUACCUGCUCCUAAUGUUGUAGUCAGAUAAGUGUAUUUAUUCACACUAUGCAUUUCCGUGUUCGCUCCGCGGAGACAGUUUCUGAGGUUUCUUCAACAACUCGGUGUUCUGCUAGCAGCUAACGCUAGCUGUUAGCUGCAGCUAACGGGACUCAGAUGUCUUUGUUUCCGUCGGACGGUUUCUGAUGUGAGAGCAGGUUAGCUCCGCUGUUAGCUUAGUUAGCAGGCAGGUUCGGACACAGCGCUUUAUCCUCCAGCGUUUGUCGGUGCAGCAGAUGCUAAAGUGCUAAAGCACAGAUCGGUUUGUUUCUCUGCGGGCUGACAUGCAGCGCUCCGGGCAGUGACCUUGGACUCUUCAUCCCCAUCAUCUCAUCAGAGCGAGCCGCCGGGUUAGCAUGGCCCUCAGUCCAGGCUGCAGGCUCAGUGUGGUCUACCUGCUCAUCCUGGCAGGAUGCAUUGCUGCCUCUCAGAGGAAUGACAACGUCUACGUGUCGGGGAUUUCUAACGCCUGCGGCGAUGUGGCGGAGCUCCUGCGAGCGUCCAGUGGCGUCAUCACCAGCCCCGGUUGGCCCUUCCAGUAUCCGGCCCGACUGAACUGCAGCUGGAACAUCCGAGCCCGGCCCGGAGACUCCAUCACCAUCAGCUUUCAGGACUUCGACCUGCAGGGUUCCCAUCGCUGCACCUCAGACUGGAUGUCCAUCAGCAGCUACAGGAGCCUGGACGGGCUGAGGGUCUGCGGCUCGUCGCUGCCGCCACCGUACAUCUCCUCCCAGGACCACGUCUGGAUCCACUUCCACUCUGACGACACCCUGACGGGGAAAGGCUUCCGGCUGUCCUACAUCACCGGGAAGCCGGAGGCGUCGAGCUGCGACGUGGACCAGUUCCACUGCUCCAAUGGGAAGUGCAUCCCUGACUGGUGGCGCUGUAACUCCAUGGACGAGUGUGGAGACAACUCGGAUGAAGAGCUGUGCGUCGACUCUCCGUUCUCCUUCCAGCCCUGCAGCCUGAACCAGUUCCCCUGUUUGUCCCGCUACACCCGAAUCUACACCUGCCUGCCGCACAGCCUGCGCUGCGACGGCAGCAUCGACUGCCAGGACCUCGGCGAUGAGAUCGACUGUGACGUUCCCACCUGUGGAGAAUGGCUGAGGAACUUCUAUGGUUCUUUCAGUUCUCCAAACUACCCCGACUUCUACCCUCCAGGAAGCAACUGCACCUGGCUGAUCGACACCGGAGACCACCGCAAGGUGAUCCUCAGAUUCACGGACUUUAAGCUGGAUGGAACGGGUUACGGCGACUACGUGAAGGUGUACGACGGUCUGGAGGAGAACCCUCGCCGCCUCCUCCGGGUGCUGACAGCCUUUGACUCCAGAGCGCCGGUUGCCGUGGUUUCAUCAUCCGGUCAGCUGCGAGUUCACUUCUACGCCGACAAGAUCAACGCCGCCAGAGGUUUCAAUGUCACCUACCAGGUGGACGGGUUCUGCCUGCCCUGGGAGGUUCCGUGUGGGGGGAACUGGGGCUGCUACACCGAGCAGCAGCGCUGUGACGGGUACUGGCACUGUCCGAACGGCCGGGACGAGCUCAACUGUUCGUCCUGUCAGGAGGACGAGUUCCCCUGUUCCAGAAACGGAGCUUGUUAUCCUCGAUCGGACCGCUGCAACUACCAGAACCGCUGCCCCAAUGGUUCUGACGAGAAGAACUGCUUCUUCUGUCAGCCAGGGAACUUCCACUGCAAGAAUAACCGCUGUGUGUUCGAGUCGUGGGUUUGUGACGCGCAGGACGACUGCGGCGACGGCAGCGACGAGGAGAGCUGCCCCGUCAUCGUCCCCACCAGGGUCAUCACGGCCGCCGUCAUCGGCAGCCUCAUCUGCGGCCUGCUAUUGGUCAUCGCCCUCGGCUGCACCUGCAAACUCUAUUCACUGCGCAUGUUUGAACGCAGGUCGUUUGAGACCCAGCUGUCCAGAGUGGAGGCGGAGCUACUGAGGAGGGAAGCCCCGCCUUCGUAUGGUCAGCUGAUCGCACAGGGCCUGAUCCCACCUGUGGAGGAUUUCCCAGUGUGCUCUGGGAGCCAGGCGUCAGUUCUGGAGAACCUCCGUCUGGCCGUUCGCUCUCAGCUCGGCUUCACCUCCCUCCGGUUGCCUUCCUCUGGUCGUCACAGCAACCUGUGGCGUCGCCUCUUCACCUUCUCACGUUCGCGGCGGUCGGGUUCGUUGGCUCUGGUCUCGGCCGACCUUGAGGACAGCACCGGUACCGGCAGCACCGGGAGUUCUGGUUCAGACCUGCUGUCUCCAGACUCGGACGACACGGACACAGAGGGCGAGCGGGGGAGGGAGCGCGGCGUGGGCGCGGUGGGCGGGCCCGUUGCCCCCCUCCCACAGAAGACUCCGCCUCCCUCUGCUGUGGAGGCCGUUGUGUCGGUGACGGCGUCUGCGGCGUCUGCGACCUCUGUGACCCCGACACCCGGCCGAGACCGAAGCCGCGACAGGCCCCGAGAGGCCCCACCCCCCUCCAGCCCCGUCACCGUGGUAACGUCCAAUCCCGAUCCCGAAUGUAACGGCGACACCCCAGAGCUGCAGGCGCCUGCCGCCUCUGCCCUGCAACGCCUGGCCCAGAACCUGCACCGCCUGGCCCGAAACCUGACCAGAAGCAGUCCAAACCAGCAGCCUUGGACCAAUCACAGCCCGCUGCGCCAGCUGGAGACAGGAAGGGGCGGGGCCGAGGCUGCUGAGCGACGAGGAAGCAGAGAAGAAGAAGAAGACGUGGAGCUACUGAUCCCCGUCUCCGACUCCGACACGUCCUCCUCCUCUUCAGUGGUCAGCGACAUCCGCCAGCCUCUGCUGGAGCCACACCCUUGCUCCACUGCAGGCCACGCCCCCCGCCAUCACCGUGGAAACAGCAGUCGAGGAGGGCGGGACGGCCCGUGUGAACACUGCAGGAUGGUCCACACGGCUCAGAUCCCCGAUGCCUGUCUGGAGGCCACGGGCAAGACGGAGAGCAGCGAUGACGAGCUGCUGCUGCUGUGCUAACAAGCUAACCUGCCAGGCUAACAUGCUAACUGACAGGCUAACACUCUAUACACGUCACCUGCAGUUGGCUAAUAUGUUAACUGAUAGGCUAACACUCCAUGCACUUCACCUACAGCUGUUUAUUAUGCUAACUGACAAGCUAGUGAUUUAUACACUUCAUUUUCUGUUGGUUAACAUGCUAAAAGACAGGCUAACACCUAUUAUGCUUUACUCACAGCUGACCAACAUGCUUAUUACAGGUAAUACUUUAUUCUCUUCACGUACAGCUUGCUAACACCUCAUAGACUUCACCUACGGCUGGUUAACAUGCUAACACUCAGGCUAAUACUUGAUACACUUCACCUACACCUGGGUAACAUGACUGACUGGCUAACACUGCAUGCACUUCAUCUUUAGCUGGCUAACAUGCUAACUGCCAGGCUAACACGUCACCUACAGCUUGUUAACAUCCUAACUACCCGGUUAUUACUACCCUGACCUUAUACCUACAGCUUCUAACAUGUUGCUAUGCUAACAGUCUUAUCUGGUAGGCUGCUAUGAUAACUGAUAAGCUAAAACUUCAGACAGCAAGCCAUCAUGCUAACACCUCACACUGGACUACAGCUAGUCACCUGUUAGCAUGGGUUAGCAUGUUAGCUGGAUUAAAGGUUAGCUCUCAGUGAUGUCAGAUAUAAAAGGACCAAUCGGAAACUGAGGGGAGUGAUGUCACAGAUCUGAUUGUCAUCGGUACGACCAUGAAAACUCUCCUGCUGCCCCCUUGGUCCGUCCGUCAAAGUGCUCCCCUCCUGCUUGUCGGUACAACUGUAAACGGAGUCCUGACGGAACAGAUUGAUGGUUCCCUGAAAACAUGAACUCUGAUCCGAUCAGGAACCUUCUCGGGGAACGUGUUGGACUCCUGUUCAGGUGCAACGAUUUAAACUGACCCCCAUUUCCAGCGAUAAUUAUGGAGUCUGUCGAAAGAAAAGAUGACGUGGGUCAUGUGACCAGUGGAGGUAGCCAGAGCUAGCAGCUAGCAGGCUAGUUUUUGGUAGCCUAGCAUAGCUCGGGUUCCUAAGGGUUCUGCACAGUGUGGUCAUCAGGUUCUCCUGCUACUGAAUUUAAUGUUACACCGCACUGCAGUAUGUGAACCUGAAAACCUGAAUACGUUGAGAUAAACCAGUCGGUGUGUUGAUCUCCUGUUUUCCUGUUUUGAUGAUGAGAAUGAAGCACAACUAAUUGUUUUAUAGUUUUUAAUUUUGAACCAAACCAUGAGCUGAUCCACAGACGGCAGUGUUAGCGGACCGGUGCUAGUGUUACCUGGGCUACCUCCCAGGUCAUGUGACCCCCAUGGAAGCCAUUUUAACAGUCAACAUCCAGACUGGAUCUGAGCUGCAGAUAGUCACUCAGUCCAACAGAACAUCUCAGAUCCUGACAUCGUCAUUCUUCCUCAUUACGGAUACUCACACCGAAUAUCUGCAGCUCAACUCAGAUUGGUUGUAAUUCCGGCUUCAGACGUCCACAGUUUAAUUCUGACUCAUCAUCAUUCUAGUUCGAGAUUUCUUUAAUUCAGUUCAACAGAUCUGCGUCGUUCUUUUUAGGUUCUUAAGUUCGAUCUGGUCAGAAUGGUGUAACUGGAAUUACAACCAGUUAGACCACAAUUACAGACAUGUUGAACCAGAGUUCUGACUCGGUGAAAAGACUUCAGAGAAACUGAACUUCUGCAGAGCCUCCAUCACUGCUGCUGACGGCUCUGGUGCUCUGCUGGACCAGCAGCCAAUGGGAAGCCUUCAUGAGCAGCAUCAUCUCAACAAUUCAGACCAGUGAGGUUUGAGAUCUCUGCAGUUGUUACUCUGACCAGUUCAAACUGGAUCCCAGAAAGCUCUGACGGGUUUAAGUGGUCAGAAUGACGUUCUAGAGAUCUGGAAUAAAAACUGGAACUACGACUGCUGACAUCUGAGGUUUUACUUCCUGAGUCAGACUCUGAUAUUAAAUGUUAAAAUGGCUGCUGAAGGUUCCUGUUCGGUUCCUCCUGGUGUUGGGGACGUUGGAGAUGCUGUUGCUUCCUCUGUUUCCUCCACUGAUCUGUUACUGAAAGGGUUCUAAUCUGAUGGUCCUACAAGAACUGAGACGUUCCACAUGUGUCUGAACAUUUACAGAGUUUUUAUGUAUUUAAAGGGUCUUGAGUUGUUCAAAGUGGAGGUGCUUAGGAGAACGUUCAUGAGAUUAAAGAAUAACCACGGAGGAAUCAGGAGGGUUCCUGUUAGAAUCAGAGGUUUGGUUCUGGAUUAUACACGGUGUUAUUUUGUUCCCCCGGUUCCUCAGACUGAAGCCAUCCCGCUCUUUGUUACAGUUUUGGUACUGGGCCUCCUGUGUGAGUGUGACUGUAUAUUUAUUAUUAAUAUGACUCUGGUUCUUCUUGUGUUCUUGCUGUUGUAGCUGUUUUUCUGCAUGAUUCACAUGUUUGGUGUUUAGAUUUUCUUUGAGUCUGUAAACUGCACUAAAGAUUAAAGGUUCACCUUCGGUGUGUUGACUCCUCA